CCCUCGCGAGCCUCUCACGCAGGCGCACCGAGGCCCGGAGGCGACGAACGGGCGGUGUAGUCCGGGUCGGCCAUGGCUGAGGCGUCGCGUUGGUAUCGACCGGGGCCUUCAAAACAUAAUCUGCAUUACAUAAAGGAAGUAGAAAUUAGAACCACCCUUCAGGAGCUGUUGCUGUACUUUAUCUUUUUAAUAAACCUAUGUAUAUUGACUUUUGGAAUGGUAAACCCACAUAUGUAUUAUUUAAAUAAGGUUAUGUCAUCACUGUUUUUGGAUACUUCUGUGGCUGAUGAUGAAAGAACCAACUUUAAGUCUAUUCGCAGUAUCAUUGACUUUUGGAAGUUUAUGGAAGGACCCCUUUUGGAAGGUUUGUACUGGGAUUCGUGGUACAAUAACCAGAGGCUAUACAAUUUAAACAACAGCAGUCGUAUCUACUAUGAAAACAUACUUCUGGGAGUACCCCAAGUCCGUCAACUAAAAGUCCGUAACAACACCUGCAAGGUCUACUCAUCCUUUCAGUCUCUGAUGGACGAAUGUUAUGACAAAUAUACUUCUAAAAAUGAAGAUCUAUCUGAAUUUGGCCUCAAAACUGACACUGAGUGGAAAUACUCUUCUUCUAAAACCAAUUCCCCUUUGCACUGGGGAUAUGUUGGUGUUUACCGAGAUGGGGGAUAUAUUUUCACUUUAUCAAAAUCAAAAUCUGAAACUAAAACCAAGUUUGUCAACCUUCGACUAAACAGCUGGAUCACAAGAGGAACCAGGGUCAUUUUUAUUGACUUUUCACUUUACAAUGCCAAUGUAAAUUUGUUUUGCAUCAUCAGAUUGGUGGCAGAAUUCCCUGCAACUGGAGGCAUACUUACAUCAUGGCAGUUUUAUUCUGUGAAGCUCCUUAGAUAUGUCAGCUACUAUGAUUAUUUUAUUGCCUCCUGUGAAAUAACCUUUUGUAUUUUUCUUAUUGUUUUUACAACACAAGAAGGCAAAAAAAUAAAGGAAUUCAAAUAUGCCUAUUUCAAAAGUAUCUGGAACUGGCUAGAAUUACUGCUUUUACUGUUGUGUUUUUUGUCUGUUUCCUUCUAUGUAUAUUGUAAUUUGCAAACUUACCUCCUACUUGGAAAGUUGUUGCAAAAUACUGAAAAAUAUUCAGACUUCUAUUUUCUUGCAUACUGGCACAUUUAUUACAACAAUAUAAUUGCUAUUACUAUCUUCUUUGCAUGGAUAAAGAUAUUCAAAUUCAUAAGCUUCAAUAAGACAAUGUCUCAGCUGUCAUCAACCUUGUCCCGCUGUAUCAAAGACAUAGUAGGAUUUGCCAUCAUGUUUUUUAUAAUUUUCUUUGCUUAUGCCCAGUUAGGAUUUCUUGUUUUUGGAUCACAGGUUGACGACUUUUCCACUUUCCAAAAUGCCAUAUUUGCACAAUUUCGAAUUGUUCUUGGAGAUUUUAAUUUUGCCGGGAUUCAGCAAGCCAAUCGGAUCUUGGGACCCAUUUACUUCAUCACUUUUAUAUUUUUUGUUUUCUUUGUCCUUCUGAACAUGUUCCUGGCAAUAAUUAAUGAUACCUAUUCUGAAGUGAAAGCUGACUAUUCAAUAGGCAGAAGGCCAGAUUUUGAACUUGGUAAAAUGAUAAAAGAAAGUUACAAUAAUGCUCUUGAGAAACUAAAUCUGAAGAAAGCUGAAAAAGAUGAAGACAAGAAAAUGAGGAAAACCAGUGGAGAUUUGGCUGAAGAAGCCAGAAGAGAAGGCUUUGAUGAAAGUGAAAUCCAAAGGGCAGAGCACAUGAGAAAGUGGAAAGAGAGACUUGAGAAAAAGUAUUACUCUGCAGAAAUUCAGGAUGACUACCAGCCUGUCACUCAACAAGAAUUCCGAGAACUCUUUUUAUAUGCUGUGGAGCUGGAGAAGGAAUUACACUACAUCAAUUUAAAACUAAACCGAGUGAUGAGAAAGUUUUCAGCUCUACAAGACAAGUGAGACUGUACAUCACAGCAAAGCUCACUACUCUCUACCAGUGGUCUUGCCCUGACUCGCCAGUCAAACAUCUAAUAACUCUAUGUCCCCGAAACAGCCCCUCGACAGGGUAAACCAAAUGAAGUGUUAGAAUAUUAAGGAAAGCAAACAUUUGAGGUCUACAAUUUUUUUUCCUUUUUAACACCUUUGGAAAAUAAACAAUUACAAACUUAGGACAUUAAAGUUCUUUUAUUACAAAAGUCUAUACAAUGAAAUGCCAGACAUAGCAAUGCAAGUAUAAUGGUAGACAUAUAUAUCUAUAUAAUAAUUUGUAUAUAGAUAUAGUUUUUAUUUGUACCAAAGAAAAACUAUCACAAACUGCCUAAUUCUACUGCCUACUGCUGAACUAUGGCAUAAUACUGCCACACAGAAGUGUUGCCACGCCACUUUUACCUAUUCUACAUGCAGCCAAACAUUA